CCUUGGGCUGCAGGAGACUGGCGCUGGAGCCUCGGGUUGCAAAGUGAAAGGAGCGCCAGGCGUGUGUCCUUGGCUCUCCCACUGCCGUGGAGCGCGCCCAGCUGCUGCCGGGCACACCUGCGGGGCCCCAAGGGGGGCGCUGCCUCAGCAACUGCAGCCGCAGCCUAGACCGAAGGAGCCGCUCGGGGGACAGCCCGGAGUCGGGGAGCAGCGAUGAGCAGCCACCCGGACCGCGAGUGCCCGCUGGACGGAGAUACGCAUCCACAAGAGAUGAUUCCAAGUAAGAAGAGCGCUGUUCUCGUGGAUGGGGUUGUACUGAAUGGCCCCACGACAGAUGCAAGAGCAGGAGAAAAGUUUGUUGAAGAGGCCUGGAAGCUAAUAAUGGAAGAGGUGGUUUUGAAGGCUACAGAUGUCAAUGAGAAGGUUUGUGAGUGGCGGCCCCCUGAACAGCUGAAACAACUUCUUGAUUUGGAGAUGAGGGACACGGGAGAGCCACCCCACAGGCUGUUGGAGCUCUGCCAGGAUGUCAUACGCUACAGCGUCAAAACUAACCAUCCAAGAUUUUUCAACCAGUUGUAUGCUGGACUUGAUUAUUAUUCCUUGGUGGCCCGAUUUAUGACAGAAGCAUUAAACCCAAGUGUUUAUACGUAUGAGGUGUCCCCAGUGUUUCUGUUAGUGGAAGAAGCGGUUCUGAAGAAAAUGAUUGAAUUUAUUGGCUGGAAAGAAGGGGAUGGAAUAUUUAACCCAGGUGGUUCAGUGUCCAAUAUGUAUGCAAUGAAUUUAGCUAGAUACAAAUAUUGUCCUGAUAUUAAGGAAAAGGGGCUGUCUGGGUUGCCAAGAUUAAUCCUUUUCACAUCUGCAGAGUGUCAUUACUCUAUGAAGAAAGCAGCCUCCUUUCUAGGGAUUGGUACAGAGAAUGUUUGCUUUGUGGAAACAGAUGGAAGAGGUAAGAUGAUACCUGCGGAGCUGGAGAGGCAAAUCUGGCAAGCCAGCAAAGAGGGAGCAGCUCCGUUUCUCGUCUGUGCCACGUCUGGUACAACUGUGUUGGGAGCCUUUGAUCCUCUGGAUGAAAUAGCAGACAUCUGUGAGAGGCAUGGCCUCUGGCUUCAUGUGGACGCUUCUUGGGGUGGCUCAGCUUUGAUGUCGAGGAAGUACCGCAAACUUCUGCAGGGCAUCCACAGAGCUGACUCCGUGGCCUGGAACCCCCACAAGAUGCUGAUGGCUGGAAUUCAGUGCUGCGCUCUCCUGGUAAAAGACAAAUCUGACCUUCUUAAGAAAUGCUACUCUGCCAAGGCAUCUUACCUCUUCCAGCAGGAUAAGUUCUAUGAUGUCAGCUACGACACAGGAGACAAGUCUAUCCAAUGCAGCAGGAGACCAGAUGCGUUCAAGUUCUGGAUGACUUGGAAGGCCCUGGGCACAUUAGGUCUAGAAGAAAGAGUCAAUCGUGCACUCGCUUUAUCUAGGUACCUCGUAGAAGAAAUCAAGAAAAGAGAAGGAUUCAAGUUAUUGCUGGAACCUGAAUAUGCCAAUAUUUGCUUUUGGUACAUUCCACCGAGCCUUAGAGAGAUGGAAGAAGGACCUGAAUUCUGGGCAAAACUUAAUUUGGUGGCCCCGACCAUUAAGGAGCGCAUGAUGAAGAAGGGAAGCCUGAUGCUGGGCUACCAGCCCCACCGCGGGAAGGUCAACUUCUUCCGCCAGGUGGUGAUCAGCCCCCAAGUGAGCCGGGAGGACAUGGACUUCCUCCUGGAUGAGAUAGACCUACUGGGGAGAGACAUGUAGCUGUGGCUUUUGGUUCCCCAGAGGCAUGGGUCCUGUCCUGGGGAGGCUUCCAGAUCCACGGCAUCUGGGGACGCAGAAGAGACUGCAGGCCUUCUGGGGAGAAGGAGGAAAGACGCCCUGGCCCGGCGUGGCCAACGGGAAUGCUAAGCAAGUAGUGGGAAGGACCCGUUAGCUGCCUGGGCACUUCUGUAGCUCUUAAAGAAGGAAAUAAAAGGUGGAUUUUCUUAAGAACUGUCUUCAGGACACAGCCUUGGAGAGAGUUUAGUAAGUUCCACAUACGGCCUGAUUCUAAGCUUCCAUUGCUCUUUAAAGAACAUACAAAUUUAAUAGUUGAAAGCCGCGGUUCUCAAAAUGGCGGUCCCUAAACGAGCAGCACCAACAUGGCCUGGGAGCUCUUUAAAAAUACGGAUUCUCGGGGCGCCUGGGUGGCUCAGUCGGUUGGGCGGCUGCCUUCGGCUCGGGUCACGAUCCCGGAGUCCCGGGAUCGAGUCCCGCAUCGGGCUCCCCGCUCGGCGGGGAGCCUGCUUCUCCCUCGGACCCUCCCCCACUCAUGUGCUCUCUCUCUAUCACAAUCUCUCUCAAUAAAUAAAUAAAAAUCUUAAAAAAAAAAAAAAACUCAGAAUGAGGGCGCCUGGGUGGCUCGGUCGGUUGAGCGACUGCCUUCGGCUCAGGUCGUGAUCCUGGAGUCCCGGGAUCGAGUCCCGCAUCGGGCUCCCCGCUCGGCGGGGAGCCUGCUUCUCCCUCGGACCCUCCCCCACUCAUGUACUCUCUCUCUAUCACAAUCUCUCUCAAUAAAUAAAUAAAAAUCUUAAAAAAAAAAAAAAACUCAGAAUGAGGGCGCCUGGGUGGCUCGGUCGGUUGAGCGACUGCCUUCGGCUCAGGUCGUGAUCCUGGAGUCCCGGGAUCGAGUCCCGCAUCGGGCUCCCCGCUCGGCGGGGAGCCUGCUUCUCCCUCGGACCCUCCCCCACUCAUGUACUCUCUCUCUAUCACAAUCUCUCUCAAUAAAUAAAUAAAAAUCUUAAAAAAAAAAAAAAACUCAGAAUGAGGGCGCCUGGGUGGCUCGGUCGGUUGAGCGACUGCCUUCGGCUCAGGUCGUGAUCCUGGAGUCCCGGGAUCGAGUCCCGCAUCGGGCUCCCCGCUCGGCGGGGAGCCUGCUUCUCCCUCGGACCCUCCCCCACUCAUGUACUCUCUCUCUCUCUCUCAUUCUCGCUCUCUCAAAAUAAAUAAAUAAAUCUUAAAAAAAAAAAAAUACGGAUUCUCAACCCCGCCCCUGACUGAAUCAGACACUCUGGCUGUGCCACUCAGCAUAGUUUAAGUAGCUUUUCAGGUGAUUCAGAGGCAAGGUAAGAUCUGAGAAGCAGUGGUUUAGUGAAACCUUACAAGGACUGAAUAAUAGCUCUGAUAUUUUGCCGGCAAAGAGAUAAUCUGCUAUUUCAGCGGCCCCUGAGCCAGUGUCUGAAAAUAACGGCUGGAACUGGUAGCACUAAUGUUUAGGGGCAUCAGAAGUCCAUCAAAACUAUUUUUAAAAGGAGAAACUACUGAAGAUGUUUACCUUAUAAAGAUAUGUCUUUUAUGCAGCUGAAUGUUUAUUCUCAAAAGCUAAAAUUAACCAUUAUCUAUUCUAAAUUACCUAAAUUACAGGUAAGGAUAAAGACAAACACUUUGUAGCAUGGCCUUUUCAAUCAAAGCAAUAGUCCUAAUUCACUUCCCACAGCCCUCGCGUCAUUAGCUUGGAGUAGACGGUAGAUACAGAUAUCUGUGUACCUGUUUCAGCGCGAGGGGCCCAUUUCUUAUCUUGUUCUCUGCUUAUAGGAAACAACCAGAAUGAAGUCCAGGGUUAUACAACAUUCCCUUUCUCAAGCUUUGAAACGUCAGUGUAGACUAUUAAGUGGUUCAUAUUAGGCAGAGAAUCUGAGAAUUAGAGGCCUUUCAGUGCAAACACCUCCUCCAUUUCUCCCGGGAGUGGAUGAUUCUAUCUCUGAUCCUGGUCCCGGAUUUCUAGGAGAACUCUAUUUGACUAAGAAAUAAACAGAAUUCAGAGGUGUGGGUGCAGAGUUCAACAAGGUAAGAUUGUGAAUCUAAUUAGAACUCUGAUUUGGAAGGCAAAAGAUGGAAGAGCGUUUAAGUAUUAGACUUAGCAUAUUCAAUAACCUUUCAUAUGAUAUCAUUAACUUCUGUUGAUUAAAUUUUGAAGGGUAAAAAGCCGAUGUGUACUGUUUGCUUUUAUUCCAUAUUUUCACUUUAGGGUAUGUGGUUUCUCAAUAUCUCCAUUGGUCAAAGAAUAUUUUAAUCUUUCUUUGAAUUCCUUUCUUCUCUGGUGGUAACUAUUCGUGUGUGCAUAUGUUUUACAUACCUUGUUGCUUUUUUGUUUUAAUGUCUACAUAAAAUGUGCCUGAAAUUGAUGUUUGCAAUAAUUCCAGUUUCAUGAAAU